CUGUACAUACAAAGGUUAGUCUUCCCACACAAAUGGUUGGGAAAUUAUGUGGUGAUCUGACAGAAUCACUCUUCUAGCCGCACACAAUCACUGCCAUCAUGAACUCCAAGCUGCUUUUCUUCUGCAUCUUCCUUGUAUUGCUCAUCCUACCUGUUCAAUUACAUAAACAUGAGAAGCAUGAAAAACAUAUGAAACAAGAAAAACACAACAAAAAACCUGAACGAAAAUACAGAAGAUUUGAGGAUAUUCUGAAGGACCCAUUCUUUGAGAUCGUAGAUGAACCAGGUGAGGAUGAUAGUGAUGAUCCUGACUGGCUUUAUGAACUCCAAGAACCACAUGGUCAAUGCAACCCAAACCCUUGCCUCAACAACGGUGUGUGUGAGCAGAAGGGAAAGAAGUUCAAAUGUGACUGUGCCAAGCCAUUCAAGGGCAAGAAGUGCCAGAAAGGGCCCAAAAGGUGUAAGACGGGCACAUGUGGGCGUGGCGAAUGUGUGUUGACCUCUAAACCACCUUUCUACGAGUGCAAGUGCAAGCAGCCCUUCCUGCCCCCAGACUGCAAAUCAUUUGCGGUGUGUCAGCCUAACCCUUGUAAGAAUGGAGGCUUGUGCGUCAGGGACGGCAUGGACUUUGACUGCCUCUGCCCAGAAGGCUUCAAGGGAAGUUUCUGUCAUGUUGGCCCAAAUGACUGUUACAAGCUCAAGGAUGAAGGGGAGUCGUAUCGCGGCAACGUGAGUGAGACAGAUGAUGGAGAUGAAUGUCUCUACUGGAACUCCCAUUUCAUCCUGAAGAAAGGCGUUGAUCCCUUCAAUGACUUUGAGGAUGACGAUGGACUGGGCCCUCAUAACUUCUGCAGAAACCCAGAUGGUGACACUAAGCCAUGGUGUUUCAUAAGAAGAGGGCGGGCGCUGCUGUGGGAUCACUGUGAUGUCAGGAAGUGUGCUACUGGUCCCAAGCCCACUACUACAACUACUACAACUACCAAGCCCACUACUACAACUACCAAGCCUACUGCUGGUCCCAAGCCCACUACUAUAACUACCAAGCCUACUGCUGGUCCCAAGCCCACUACUAUAACUACCAAGCCUACUGCUGGUCCCAAGCCCACUACUAUAACUACCAAGCCUACUGCUGGUCCCAAGCCCCCUACUAUAACUACCAAGCCCACUACUACAACUACAAAGCCUACUGCUGGUCCCAACACCACUACUACAACUACCAAGCCUACUGCUGGUCCCAAUCCCACUACUACACCACCCAAGCCAAAACCAACACCGGCCAAACCCUCAGCAGGUCCAGAGAAGCCUACAGCGCCAAAGCCCAGUGGAGCCCCAGGACUGACCACAGCCAGCCUCACCUCUGAUAAGCAGUUCACCACAUGUGGAAAGCCCCAGCCGAAGAAGGCCAUCACCAGGAUCUACGGAGGCUUGAAAGCCAUCCCUGGAGCCCAGCCCUGGCAGCUGUCCCUACAGGUCCGACCCAAGAGCUCCAGCCAGUCAUACAGGCACAUCUGUGGAGCGGUGCUCAUCGAUAGCUGCUGGGCUCUGACCGCCGGCCACUGCAUUGAUCCAAAGGACCAGAUGCAGGUGGUGGCUGGGAGUCUGACUCUAGGUACGGAUGUGCCCAUUGGGCAGACGAUCCAGGUGGAGAAAGCCACAAGGCAUGAGAACUACAAGGAGACAUCCGCAGCUGUAUACAAUGACAUAGCUCUGCUGAAGCUGAAAACCACAGAUGGUCGCUGUGCCAGAGAGAGCCAGUUUGUGAAGGCAGCCUGCUUGCCUGAUAGCUCAUUCCCUGAUGGGACUGAGUGCACCAUCUCUGGAUGGGGCGCUACUAAGGACUCUGUCUAUGGCUCCAACCACCUACAGGAUGCCCAGGUGCUGCUGAUCAGUCAGAAGAGCUGUUCAAGCAGUAAAGUCUAUGGGAGCACCAUAGACAACACCAUGUUUUGUGCCGGUUACCUGCAGGGAGGAGCGGACUCCUGCCAGGGUGACUCUGGAGGGCCGCUGACUUGUAACAAGGAGGGCACCCAUUUCAUCUACGGUAUAGUGAGCUGGGGAGACCAGUGUGGGUUGAAGAACAAGCCUGGGGUCUACACACGGGUCUCCCACUACCUUGACUGGAUAAAGUCAAAGACACAAGCAGCAUAGCUGGGCUAUGCCAGUCCAUACAGUUGCAGGCACUAAAAAGUUAGAUCACAGCACGGUAUUGGCAGAACAAUUCCGCAAUGCAUAUGCAACAUUGUGAUUUAGCAUCUUCUAGCGGUAGUUUAUCACAAAAACCUUGCAGUAGUGCUAAAAUAGCUGUCUCUUAAGUGGUCCGCUACUGAGUAAUCAUUGAUUUAUGUUUUGAAUAUAGCUGUUAUUCCAGGAUAUAAAAUGACUGACUUGACUGUAGGAGAACAAAACCAUUAAACUUCUCUAUAUGCACCUUC